AUGACCAGCGUGAUACCAAAGGUGACGCAGCUGUCGUCGCGUGUCAUUCGCGUGCUCGGCUGCAACCCGGGCUACUACACACUGCAGGGCACCAACACCUACAUCAUCGGCACUGGGAAGAAGCGAGCGUUGAUUGACUGCGGCGAACCUGACGUGCCCGAGUACAUUGACAGCCUGAAGGAGGUGGUCAGCGAGCACGGCUUCUCCCUCUCCAAGAUCAUCAUCACCCAUUGGCAUCCGGAUCACGUCGGCGGGACGAGGGAUGUGCUGAAGCACGUCGCCGACAAGGACUGCAAAGUCUUCAAGAUGAAGAAUACUCAACACGACCCACUCUACUCGGACUUCUUCGAGCUGAACUUCGUCAAUGACCAGGACGAGGUGGAGGUGGAGGGGGCGACGGUGAAGCUGCACUGGACGCCGGGCCACGCCAAGGACCACCUGGCACUGUACCUGAAGGAGGAGGACUCGCUCUUCAGCGGCGACUGCGUCCUCGGCGAGGGCACCGUCGUCUUUGAGGACCUGCUCACCUACCUCCAGUCGCUCAACAAGAUCACCGCGCUCAAUUCGAAGCGCCUCUACCCGGGCCACGGCCCGGUGGUCACUGACCCGGUGGAGAAGGUCAACGAGUACAUCGACAAGCGCAUGUCCAGAGAGCGGCAGAUUGUGGAGGCGCUGUCGCGCAUCGACGGUGGAUACCUCACCUCCAUGGAGAUUGUCAAGAUUACCUACAAUGACUCCCUGCCGCCGUCGCUGAUGUUCGGCGCCGAGCACAACGUGCGCAUGCACCUGGAGAAGCUGAUCAAGGAGGACCGGGUGGAGACGCUGAAGCUGGCCAACUCGGUGGACGAGGAGCUGGCCACCAUCAAGUACCGACUCAAGAGAAGUGCCGACUAG